CUUGCAAUUUUACCAUAAUGGGAAUCCGGCCUUGCCUUUUUACCAUUAAUAGGAAAGAAUAUUUUCCACUCUACAAAACUAGUAGCGCUCUUCCUAACCUCCUUCAACUUCAGGUUCCUCAACGCCCAAGAAAGCAAGCUGCUGGCUAGCUAAGCUAUGUCGAAACCGACGAGGGAGAAGAUAAAGAUCAGGAAGAUCGACAACUUGCCGGCGAGGCAGGUGACGUUUUCGAAGAGGAGAAGAGGGCUUUUGAAGAAAGCUGGAGAGCUUUCGGUUCUCUGUGAUUGUGAGUAUGCUGUCAUCAUCUUCUCUGCUACUGGAAAGCUCUUCGAGUCCUCCAGCUCCAGCACAAAGGAUGUUAUUGCAAGGUACAAAGCGCACAUUGAAAAUGUGGAGAAGUUGGAGUCAUCUCUUGAGCUCCAGCUUGAUCGCAUCAAGUUGAGUAAGGAGCUUGCAGACAAGACCCGCGUGCUAAGGCAGAUGAAUGGUGAGGAUCUGGAAGGGCUGAAUAUGGAUGAGUUGAAGAAAUUGGAGCAGGACAUUGAAGGAGGACUUAGCCGUGUGCUUCACACCAAGGAAGAAAAGAUUAUGAGUGAGAUUAUGGCACUUGAAGCAAAGGGAGCUGAGUUGUUGGAAGCGAACAAUCAUUUAAGGCAGACGAUGGGGAUGAUAUCCAAUGCAAAUGGAAACAAAGCUGGUGUACUCGCCUUGGAGUCGGAUAUCUCAACAGCAGAAGAAGGUUUAUCAUCGGAAUCUGCCACAAAUGCUAGCAGCUGCUGCGCUACUGGUUCUUCCCCAGAUGUUGACUCUGCUGACGACACCUUAUCUCUCAAACUUGGGCUUCCUUACCGUGGCUAAACUGGGGAGAUCCAGAAGGUGGAAGUAUUUUUAGCAUGGCAUUUGUAAUAAAUGAAUGUGGUCGAAGUAUUUUAAGAAGCUUUGCAUGGUAUUUGUAUGUAUGUCUUUGUUACAUGGGUGUAGAAUAUAUUGGAAGACUUGGCUAGUAGUGUGGCUAGUAGUGUGAGUAACUUGCCAAUGCGCUUGGAUGACAAAAUCUUACCCGAGAACUUAUUAUUUGUACAAAUAUGCUCAAUGUUUAUGGUAUGUAAAACUAUGUUUGUACGUUUGAUUA